AUGCUUGUGCUUCAAGAAUCUCAGGAUCUGCAGAUUCUGUUUGAAUCUCUGGAGGAACACAUCCCUGAGUCGUUAAAGGUGUAUGGUGUUAUCUUCAACAUUAGAAACAAAAACCCAUUCAGCAUGGAGGUCCUGGUGGAUGCCUGGCCGGAUUAUCAGACAGUCAUCACACGGCCCAAGAAGGAGGAGAUGAAGGAUGACCUGGAUCAUUAUACCAACACUUAUCAAAUCUUCACCAAAGACCCUGACAAGUUAGAGGAAAUCCUGAGAUGUCCACAGGUUAUCAACUGGGAACAAGUCUUCCAGAUCCAAAGUUUCCAAGAGAGUGUGGGCGAAGCCAUAACAAAGAUUGCAGCUUCCGAAUCAAUGAAGGUGGAUUACACGAAGACCAUGCUCUUUUUUCAAAAGUUCCUGAUGAAACAGAAGACUUCAAAUGGUGAUGAGAGUAAUCCUAUGGACUUGUUUAAAAUGAGUAAAUGGGAUAAUGAGAACAAUUUUCCAAUCAUUUCAUUGGAUAGUUCCCAUGCAGAACUUGUGAAUAAACAAUGGGGCUUUGGCAAAAAUGAGACGAGCUUGAAGUUUGUCCGACGCUGCCUCCAGAAUUUUCCAGGAUUUGGUGUGGAAGGUCCAGAGAGGACUCCCAUCUCCUGGAUGGUUAUGGAUCAAUCUUGUGAGUUAAGAAUGGGUUACACUUUUCCCAAAUAUCGGGGUCAAGGCAACAUGUGGCAAAUUGCUUCAAAGUUUCAAAAGUUCCUUCAUCAGAGAAGACUCCCAUUUUAUUUACAUGUAUCACUUAAUGAUGAGAAAAAUCAAGACAUUUUACGUCGUAUUGGGCUUCAAGUUGGCCACUGUGGCUGGCAUCAGUGGAUUUGCAGACCUCACAAGUAUUGUUAA